AUGUACGUUUCUACGGCUGUACACCUUGGUAGCUACAAACAAGUUUUUCAAGUCCUUUUGGAUACCAAUUCGGACAUAUCAUGGGUGCCAUCAACCGAAACAACUGAGCGCACAUUGCAACGUAAAACACAGUACAAAAAAGGGACUUCUAAGGAGUAUUCAGCGCAUCCACAACCACUACUGAUAGAUGAUGAUUUCCAAUCUGUCAGUGGUGACAUUGCGUUCGACCGAUUUCAGGUGAGCGAACUAAUAGACAGGCCGUUAACCAAACCUUUUCAGAUAGCUGGAGUUUGCAUGAAUGAAUUUAAAUUUGGCAUUGUCACAAAGACCAAAGUUGAUCCUAAAUUACCAAAUGGUGUGGAUGGAGUUUUGGGCCUGUCGCGCAAGGUCACAUAUCACCAGUUUGGCCGUACACUUCUCGAAUCUAUGUACGAAGAGCUGGGAAUUAAAGAAGAGAUUUUUGCACUGACGCUGUGUCCUAAUGACAAUCCGGAACUGGCAACUGGACAUAUGACAUUCGGCGGUCUGUGUCGUGAUUGCCACAAAACCGAAUUCUCGGACUUUCGUGCGACUACGCCCGAAAGGUGGUGCAUUACUUUCGAAAGAGCAGCGGAACUGAGACGUCUUCAGGUGUUCGACAAUCGUUGUCAUGGAACCAUAGGUCGUGUGGGUUGGUGUUGGCGUACCCGUAACGAGGCAAUCAGAAAGCGCAUUUUGAGUUGUGCGACGGGUACUUCCAUUGAAGAAUGUAUCCAGCACCAAAACUUGCGUUGGUUGGGGCGUGCUGCGCAUGCCGAACCAUCGUUAACCGAUAAAAGUGCUGUUUUCCGUGCCCAGCUCAGAGUGGCGGAAGCAAAGAGGCAGCCAACCCUUGACCUGGAAGAGAAGUAUGAAGGAGAUUACGAAAUGUUUGGGUGCUGUCGGUGCUACUCACUUUCUAGGAUGGGGACCACGUGA